CGUUUGUUCGGCGACUCGCUCUCAUUUCUAAAUUCUGAUUCACCCUAGCCAAGCUGGAUCUUCUGCUUUGAAGAGAUCGCUCAUUAUUUCUCGUAUGUAUCCAUAAAAUCUAUGUAUGCUAAUUUUAUUUUCAGGUGUUCUUGAAUCUUGAUUACAAGACAACGCCGGUGGGCCACGCAGGGUACGGCACGCAGGUCGCUGCCUUCCGUGGUUACCAGUUGUACGGACGUAUAAAUGGUUUACAUGCAUUAUCUCGACAUCUUUUUAUUUUCUUAUCCCUGACACAGAAUGACCCCUCAGUUCACCCACAAACACAUCCAAGUCCAACGGCGCCAUCCUCUAGUCUUCGAUCCUUUGUUCAUCAACAACCAGCUCAUCAUGGACUAUUAUAUUUAUCAUGGUGUGCUUCCGUGCAGCAAGUGGUUCACAGUGCUCAACUUUUACCACUUCUUUGGAGAACCUAUCCAUGAUUGCAUGGAUAUACCAGGCUUCGACAGGCCGGCAUGGAUAGAAAGGGCGUUUAGUAACGCUGACACCCAUACCCGCCCAUGGGCUAACGCUGUCGUGAAGAAAUACGGCUCAGGCAUGAAAUACUGUGCUGUUGGUACACCUGCUUGUUAUUGUCUUGCCGUCGUUCCAUACCUCUUUUUAGGCUUUUGCUUUGGCGGACCGCAGGUGUUCGAUCUUGCCAAGGAAGGUAGCUUAAUUAUCUGUGGUGCGCGUGUUCUAGCAUCAUGCCAAUAUGUAUGCGUGAUAUCAUAUAGAUGCAAUCGCUGACCCUGCUAUCACCGAGGAUCUGACGGAGAUCGACGAAUGUCCUAGACACGUCGAAAGGUUGAAAACAGGCUCGUUGAGCAAAAGAAGACUUACCACUUCCAUAUUUUCAGCGACGGGUCAAGGAAGAGUGUCAG